GUUUCUGAUGGGAAGCGACGUUCCAACAUCGAAUUGUGUUUGCCGCGCAGAGAGCACUCGGGGCUGUUACGGAAAGCGCGAGUGGUAUGUUUACCAACAACGAGCCGCGGUCUCGAGAUCGGCUCGGGCAUCGGCUCCAGGAUAGUGGAAGUGAGGUGCGGUCUCACCGCGGAACAUCGCUCUUCACUGUUAGCGUCUGUCUGCCCAUUGUACGGAGUAUGAGUGCUGGUGUGGUUAGUGGCUUGUGGAGAUGGAUGAGGCUGUAUUCGUCUUGGAACCUCACAGCAGGCCACCAUGAAUUUCCCGCACCUUCAAUGCUAUCAAUUCGCGGCACUAUCAUAUUGUCCUGCCACUACAUCCCUGCGCAUCUGCCGGCUCCUAGGUACCAUCACUACUUCGCAAGUUCCCCUCAAUCAUCGUUGAUGACCCUUUUCAAAUUGUCCAAUGCUGACUCGAUUGCAACCUUGCGGUUCUGCAAUGGACCUAGCGUUUGCUGAGUUACAAACGCAAGCGUAUUUAAGGUUUGCUGAACCAAGGCUCCCAGAGUGCUGACGUUCGCUACGGACUGCUCUGUUGUAGCAAUGCUCUCGUUGACAGUAGCAAGCUCGACCUGCAAUGUCUCGCAACGUAGCUGCGUCCAAAGCUGAUCUAAUUCUCUUCGAUCGGCAGCGAUGCGCUGUUGAGAACGUUGGCAUGCAGCACCCUCCUAACCCGCAAUAAGAUGCUGAGAUGGCUGACAGGCUGCAUUCUCUUCGUCAGCGAUAUGCUGGCGAGAACGCGCCAAUGCGGAGCGCUC